GUACCGCGUCCCUCCCCUCAUUGUCAGCGCCCGCACCCGCCGCCGAGCCCGGAGCCCCCCGCGGGCUGCGGCUGCCCAAGCCCGGGCUGCCCCGCCGGCUGCAGCGCGCCGCGGGCGGCAGGGAGGGAGGGAAGGCAGGAAGGAAGGAAGGAGGGAGGCCCGGCCGGCUCCCGCUGCACAGGGUGAGAUUGCCUCUGUCCAAAGAAACGGGAACAUACCAGGAAUAUACAAGGUGUUCAAGACCACACCAUUCACCCAGACAAAGCAAAGCUUUCACCUAAAAGGAAUAAAAAAGAAACAUGGCAGAAUUCACAGGUUACAAGGAAACCUCGAAUCGGCACCUGCGAUUCAAAUUGCAGAGUCUUAGUCGCCGCCUUGAUGAACUGGAGGAAGCAACCAAAAAUCUGCAGAAAGCAGAGGAUGAGCUGCUUGACCUCCAGGACAAAGUUAUCCAGGCAGAAGGCAGCAACUCCAGCAUGCUGGCUGAUGUUGAAGCCCUGCGGAAAAGGGUGCUGAAGAUUGAAGGCAAGGAUGAAGAAAUUAGGAAGGCUGAAGAGCUUUGCCGGUUAAUGAAAGAAAAACUUGAGCAGGAAGAGAGCCUCACCCGAGAGCUGAAGUCAGAAAUUGAACACCUGCAGAGGAGAAUGGCAGAGCUGGAGAAGCUGGAGGAGGCCUUCGGCAGGAGCAAGAAUGACUGUACGCAGCUGUGUCUUAGCCUCAAUGAAGAAAAGAACUUGACCAAGAAGAUAUCGACAGAACUAGAAGUACUUCGAGUGAAAGUGAAAGAACUGGAAGCAUCUGAGGACAGGCUGGAUAAGACCGAGCAGAGUUUAACGGGCGAGUUAGAAAAACUGAAAUCCUUAGCGCUGAGCUUUAUCACGGAAAGAAAACACUUUAAUGAAAGAGAAAAGCAGAAUGAAAAAAUCAUCCAGGAGCUAACACAGAAACUAGAACAAAACAAUAAACUAAAUAGGGCAGAUCAAACUAGGAAUGCAUCCAACUUGCUAGAAAGGUCAUCAAAUAAUCUUCUAGACAGAAAUGAUUUGAGAAUUGAAGAUGACUUGACUUCCGCAUUGCCCUCGAAGGAGACCAGGAGGAAGGGAAGUGUGGAUUACCUGAAACAUGUAGAAAAUGAAACCAGGAAUAAGUCAGAAAACCAAAAGAAUAAAAAUCAGGAAGACAACAAAGUGAAAGAUCUCACCCAAGAAAUUGAGAAACUUAAAACUCAGAUAAAACGUUUUGAAUCUUUAGAAGAAGAACUUAAAAAAAUGAGAGCCAAAAAUAAUGACCUCCAGGACAGUUACUUGAGUGAACAGAAUAAAAACAAACUCUUAGCGGGUCAGCUAGAAGAAAUAAAAAUGCAAAUAAAGAAACAGAAAGAUCUGGAGAAUGGAGAGGUUGAAAAUGAAGAUACAGGCUUUGCUAGCAGGGGAAAACAUGACAGACCUAAAUAUAGGGGUGUCAUAGCUGAUUUGACAGCUGCCAAGCACAAGCCAAGGGAGCUCUCACCGCAGCAGCGCCGGGAAAGAGCAAGGAACAGAGAUUUCUCUGUCAGCAAUGACAGCUAUACCCACGGUGGUAAGCAGGUGCCCAGUCCAAGCUUAACAAGCAGAAAAGCAGGAAAAGCAUCUGGUGCAUCUGCCCUUUCAGACACUGCCGUGACAGAUACAAAAAGACUGGAAGAGAAAUCUUCAGUUUCCACUUUUUCUUCUGUUCAGAGGGAAGGCUGCGUCCCUCAGAAUGAGGGGAAGAGAUCAAAAGAGCAGCCAUCUGUCCUGAGCCGAUACCCUCCUGCUGCACAGGAGCAGAAAUCUUGGAAAGCACCUUCCAAACCUGUUGGUGACACAGGCCUGAGAUCCAAAACUGAGAAGCCAUCUCAGGUGCUCCGUGGCAAUGGAGCUGAGGCACGGGAUGAGAAGUCAAACAAAGGAGAAUCAGUGGCUUCUUUGGCCGAGAAGCUGAAAACAAGUCAGGCAGAAGUCAGUGACUGCUCGGGGGACGCACUGCUCACCAGGGGUAACCACACUUCUUCCAAUGGCACAGCUUCAGCAUACAAGUACCAGCUCUCCUCCCAUGUGUCAGCAUCUGACUCUAAAGUAGAAGCAGUGAACACUUCUGCUGCAUCACAUAGACAGCCUUCGGAGGGGAGGGCUAAAAGAGCAAUCAUCUCCCAGGAAAAAGAAUUUGCAGACACAUCACUUGAAUGUGCGAAGCCGUCGACACUAACAAAGCGUUCCCAUCACUCCAGGAGUCAGGAGGACAUGCUGCAGGUUGUCACAGGUCUCGAUAAAGAAGACACGGAGCAGUCUUCAACUUCAGUGACGGAUCGUGUAAAUGCUGGUUUAAAAAUGGACUCCAAAACCAUCCAGAGUAACCAAGAAAAGCUUAAUUCAGACGAAGAAUCGGGAAGAAGCAAAAAACCAACCACUCAAUCAGAUUUUGAAACAAGAAGGAAAGUAAGUUCCAAGCAGUUCUCCAAUUCCAGGGGAGUUUUUAGAGCAUCACUUUUUGAAAAUGACGAAAACACUGUAAAUGAUGAAGACCCCACCAAGUGUAUAAAACCUUCCGAUGCCAGCACUGGAGGACUUAAAUCUAGAAGGUCAUUCAGCCCAAGAGAAGCUCUGAGAUCAAAAGCUGUCAUUAAACCUGCAAUUGUUGAAAAGGAUAUGAAGGCAGUCAUGGGAGGAACUGUUUCUGAGGCUGAGUCAGAAAAACAAAAGUCCGUUUUUAAAACAGUAACAAAUAAAAUGACAAGCAGCAUCACAAUCUUCCCUUCUGAGCCAACAGCUCCAAGAACCAGUGCAGAUACAGCAGCAAAGGAAAGACAUGUUACCACCAGCAACAUCAGGGUUGCUCCAAAUGAACCUUCACCAGUAACAAACAAUAUCCCCACGCCAGUUGAGAUAUCGAUUAAUAAAAGUGCUCUGAAAUCAUCUGAGACAGACAGAACUGGAGAGACAGCGCCGAGAAGUAAAGCAGAAACAGUGGUCUCCAGGAGCAGCAUUAUGAUAAAGACUUCUGAGCUCACCGAGAAGAACAGUGAGCCACCUUCAGAGACAAUCAGCUGGAAGAGCCAUGGCUCUUCGGAUGCAGUUUCAUGCGAAACAAAACAUGUCACUGUGAGAAGUUCCUGGAGAACAAGACAAGGCUUACAUUCCCUGGAGCACGCUCAGCCCAAAGUGGAGAGAAGUGCAGCUUCCAGUACUACAAACAGGUGUAUGUCCUCAGUGGACCUCUCAGAAAUGGAAGGGAACAAUGCAAGAACAAACUCCCUGGAGCAGACCUCAGCAAGGACCAAUGCCACGGCUGACUCCUGGAGUGUCCCUGAACUGGGAUCCCGAAGGACCAAAAGUAACUUAAGUGCAUCUGAGCUGCUAACACGCAGGAGCUGCGCGAGUGAUCCUCCAGCAGCUUCUGCUUGGCACCGGACCACACUACCUGAUGAAAGCAAAGAUUUUGUGCUCAGUUCCAGAAGAAGACAGUAUGGCUCUUCUGAGUAUCUCUCACAGGUUGACACAGCAGGGAAAAGGCCAACCACCAAGAUGGAGCUGCAGGACCCUGAAUCCAACCCCCACGCACCACUGAGUCUCCAAGGAGAGGAGCAGGUAUGUGAGUUGAAGGACCAUCCAGAAAAGAGAGUUACAAGGCAAGAAGCCAAUAUCUGAACUGACUUCCCAGUAACAUAACUUAGAGAACUUGUCCAAAAUGAAUGUAAACCUUUUAGGAGAAAUCCAGUCUGAAAUUAGCACUGCUGAGAGGUGGGGUGUCUCCUGCAUGGUUUCCAUCAAUUAUUCUUCUCAUUCCCUGUAACAUUAAAAAUUACUGCCUUAUUUUUUUGUUCUAAACUUGUUUCAGCUAGUUUUAUGGCUAAAAAUAGUCUCUAGGGAAUAAGAGGCACUGCUUCUAGUCAUCCUCUGGCACACACUGGACAAUCAGGGAUGGGAAGAACAACCCAUUUGGAGAGACAAAAUCAGAGCCCCUGACUUACCUGCUUCAGCUGGCUGCUGUGCCACUAGGGUGCUUGGCUGCUGCUACAUACCUGCUGCUCUGCCUCCUGAGACACAUCUUUCUGGAGACAUGAAGAAGUGGAAAAUGGGCCACAUUAUAGUGACUGUGACUUAUUGCAUGAAAUAAGCUCCCUUCAGAACAGACAGGGAUCUAGGACUUUCAUUCCUAGGUGCACAGCCAUGCUUAUGUCUGUACAAAAGACUUUGUCUCCUGGAAUUCCCUAUUGGCCUGUGCAGCUGCCCAGAGCAGAGUGCAUCUUUCCAUUUAUGGAUCAGCCACAGCAGGAAAUACCUUAAGACCUCAAACCUGUUGUCAGUGUAUCUUACUGGAUGUGCACAGGAGUUGCUGAGUCUUGCUGUGAGAGCAGCAGAACUGCAGUGAGGCAGCCCUGUAUAGUCAUACCUCUGGGUGAAGCUACAGAAAACAAAGAGCCCAGAGGGAUGUGGUCCCAGCUGAGGUUUGCAGACUGCCAUUUACAGACAGGUAAUGUUUGCAAUAGAGAGUAGUGAACUUACACUGUCCUUGUUGGUAGCCAAGGAAACGGACACCAUAGUGAUGCUCUCUGUGGUCACUGAGAAGUGUUACCCAGAUGCAGACUCCUGUACCUGAGGCUGUGCUGUGCUUGCUUUGUCUGCACAGGCUGGGUCAACAACAAAUAGAAACUGGGCUAAAGUCAGGUCCCCAUAACACACACACUGUCAUUUUGAGCUUCUGUCUUUGCCCAGACCUCCACCAACUGUAACAGGAUCCUGAACACCUUGCACAUGGAAGAUGUGCUCUGACAUUAGAUCAGCUCCAUCUCCUCUGUGUUGUCAGGUGUUGUGCAUCUUACUUGUAAGAACCACACGCUGGGUGUGAAGUGGGUACACUGUAUGCUACAGCAUUAAAAAAGCUAAUAGGUCCUGCCUGUGCAGGGCAGGGCUGGGUCAUUCUGCUUUGGGCUUACUGCUCUGUAAACACUGACAGGACCUGUAUCUUCCAAACUGAUCGUGCCACUGCCCUCCCCUGCCCCAGCACUGGGCUAGGAUCCUGAUGGGCUUUGGGAUGGCUGCCUAUGGGCUAUCACGAUACUCUUCCCCAGAGCAAAAUUGCUGCCAGAGGCAGCUGCAGGUCCUGGCCAGUCUGUGAUGCUGCAGGGUUGUGUCUUACAGGGUGCUUCCCGUGCCUGCCGGACAACAUCCCGGAGAUGAGCUGUAUUCCCUUCCACCCAAAGAACACGCUGCACAGUGGAGCAAGAGGCAGGACAGUACCAAGCUCAUGGGUGUCCCACCUAUUUGUAACCUCUGCACAGGCUUCAGCAAGCCUGAAACCAGUUUUCUAAUGCGAUUUGCAAGGUACAGGAGCUUUACCAGUGAAUUCAUUUUCUUCUUUGCUGAAGAGGCAGCUGCAGAGACUUUGCUCAGGGGACUCCCACUUCUCAUCUCUGUACCUGCAAUCUUACGUCUUCUCCAUAGGAUGAUAGGUCUGUCUCCAUAUGGAAGUCUCGACUGCACAGCCACUCUGAACGAUGGUACUCCCUGGACAAGAGAAAACUUCUUAAUCAUUUGCAUUUAGACAAGAUCCCAGAAGUAUCCCUGUGGCUACAGUCCACCAGCCCAUGACAGCUGUCCUGCAUGGCUCUACAUCCAAAAGCUUUCUGUUUCUAGGGAGAGUCUGCAUUCUCCUAAUACACCCUUGUUGGCUUGGGUUGUGGUCACCUCAGUACCUGUGUUCCCAGCACCCUGUCAUAAGGCAGGAGGAAACCAUUCCCCACUGGUUGCUUUACACAUUAAGAGUGAAGGACAGCAGAAAAUAUUGUUUAGAAGCAGUUUCUUCCCUAUUGCUGUCAGUCUCUGCAACAAGCUUUGCAUGACCUACUCAUCACAAGCUGAGAUCUUGCACCAAGAAGUCAACCACUGAGCCAAACCAGCAUCAAUUCGAGCAGCAGUGAAACUCCCUCACGACUUGGACUUGGAUGCUUUUUUACCUGAAGCUUUAUGUCUCUUGUGCUCUGCAGGCAACAGCUCUGCUGCACUUUCUCAGCAGUUGCACUCUAAGGGAAAAAAGAAACACAGACAAGCAGAAUGUCCUUGUUCCUUUCAAAAACAGGGUGGAGACAGUGGGAUCGGAACCUAAGGUGAGCCCCAGUAAGGCUAUCUAGCCAGCUUCGGUCAGUGCACCUCUUCAGGACCACCCCAUCUGCCGUGUCUGGGACUCGGGUAUGGUCAGAGACUGCUUCAAAUAGAGGUACGUUACCCUGCCAGUGCCCACGGGCCACUGAGUGCAGAUGAUGUUGCUGUUGGGGGAGACACCGACCCCACAGCUCCAGGAGAUGCUCAGGUGUUGGAGCAGCAUCUGCCCUGAGCAAGGCAAUUGCAUCUGGCUCACACAGCCAGAGCUCUGCCGGCCCUUCCUUCACAUCCCGCCACCCCGCUGCAGGACCGGCCCAUGGUUCUCCUGUCCUGUGCCCAACCACCACCGACCUCCCCCGGUGCUGCCUGUUGGGAACAGCCACCCCUCUUUGCUGAGGGACAAGGACAACUCUGCAGAAGGGAAAAGGUCCCUUGUUUGGUUUGGAGGUGCUGCAGGAAUAGCUGUGCCCCAGCAGCUCCCAUGUGCGCCCUGCUCUCAUUCCUACAGCUCGCCUUCCAGACGAGCAGCUACCACAGCAGUGGCACAGGCACAUCUGUGCCACUUCUCCUCCCCGUCCCUUUGAAUUAUGCCUCAAUUCUGAGAGGCAAAUGAAUUAAGAAAACCAGAGCUGGUUGGAAAAUGUCUAUGAAAGCAUUUAUACAAAAAAGGAAAGUGCUUCAAUGACAUGACUUUUCUUCUAACAAAGAUUGUUUGGAGGAAGGGAAAAAUUAUUUUUGGAAAAAAAAAAGAAGUUUCAUUUUGCAAUUUUUAAAUGGUUUCCCAAAUUUAUAUUUUUAACCCUUUAGUUUUUAUUUCAUGACAUGUCCAAGUGUCAAAUUAACAAGACAAAGAGAUAAUGCUAUCUCCUACCAUUUCAUGUCAUGGCAGUGCUUGUAGAGAAGGGGAUAAAUAGAUCGUCAUCUAUAAUGGGAAAGAAUUUUCAACUCAAAAUCCAAACUGAAAGUAACUGAAGUUCUGAAGUUCAAUUCAGAUUUCUGCACUGCCUCCCCCUGCUCCAUGUUUCUGGGAAGUGACAAAUCAGUGCAGAUCUGGCAAACUGAAACCACAAGGGGUUGGGCUUUAUUUUUCAACUAGCCUGUGGAAUUGCAAUCUCCACCCUGAGCACCCUGCUCUGCUCAGAGGUUUCUGUAUGGCAGGAUCACCACCACCACACAAAAAGACAUCACUGAGAUCGAUGGCUUGAACAGCAUCAGCUUCCCUCAGCUUCUCAUGCAUCCCUGCAGACUUUCCAGAGAAACAGAACUGCAGCCUGACCAGAAGUGCUACAUCUCAGCAGUGCUCUCAGGACUGGCUUGCUACCCUCUGCCAGCCUCAAGAUGCCACCUUCUGACUCUUUCAUGUUAAAGAAAAUAUUUCCCUUCAAACUAAAUGUGCUGUCUCAGGGCCUCUUCCACCCGUUGCAUGGGAGAUGCUGCUGCAAACCCCUUCCAAGUCAGUGGAGCUGUUCUGCACCAAGUGGCCCAACUGCCUCCUGCAUCACCUGCUUGCUUAACCUGGGAGGUCACAUCUUGAUGUGUACGUGCCUCUUCAGACAUCACAGCAAUCAUUUACCUCCAUUUACACUCCCAAACCUGCUGCUAAGCAGCUCUCCAGCCAUAUAACAUAUACCCAGUUAGUCACUGUGGAAGAGCCGCCGCUGAAGACCUGCUUGGCAUUGCAGUUCAGUCCCACAGAGCAUAUUUCAGAUCUCCCCCCUGCCCCGUGUCACUGCUGCCCAGGACUUCCAGCUUAGUCCUACAAACAUCUGGACAGCACACUGAAGAACAAGAGUUGCUUUGAGCAGUGACUUCCAGUGACGAGCCCCGUCCUGCUGCAGGACAGUGGUCCACAUCCUGUGUGCCUGCACACAUCCAGCAGCCCUCUCCUCCUCAAGUUCAUGGAUCUGGCUUAGCAUGGUGCUUCCAAAGCUCCUUCCAAGGGAACUGGCUUCAGUUCUGUCCAGGAAUGCUCUGCAUCUCUAUGACAUUACAUGCUGGGUUAACACAGGCUUCCCUGUACUUCUCCACAAAACUCUGCUUCUCCAUCAGCUUUUCACCCCCACAGCUCAUCCCAACAACACAAUCCCCUGUCUAAAGUGCAAGGGAAAAACCACCAGCAGCAAGAGCUGUUGGUUUUCCCCUUCUGUCAGCCAGGACCAGGUUUUUCCUUACCCAUGGGCAAGUGGAGGGCUUCACACUGCUCUUGACUGGCUCAAGGCACGCAGCAGGAGCCCCAGCUGCUGUCCCAGGCCUGGCACUGUGCUCUCCUCAGUUGCUGCUCACAGGUAAUGUCUCUCCUUUCUCUAGCUGCAUCAGUCAUUGGGUCAAUAUUUUACAGCACAUACCUUGAACUCCUGCUCUAGACUCAGUCUCACUGCUUGUAAAUAGUGAACACAGAUGUCACUCAGUAACUGUACACCAGGUUGGUUUUACCACAACCGAGAUUAAAUCUAAGAAAGAAAAACCCUCUUUAAAAUGGAAAGGGGCCAUGCCCUGUAAUCUUGAGUGCAAUAGGAGCUGAUUGUAACUUAUAGCAAUGACUUCAGGAAACACAAUGUGUUUUACUCAAAUUGCACACUUUUUUUGAACAGCUGUAAAAUAGAGUAUAUGUGUAAAUAUUGCCAUCACUGAAGAAGUAUUUGUAAUUUUAGCAUAUAAAUAUAACAGGCUUUUCAGUGGGCUUGAUGAUGCCACAGGGCCGCGCAUCAAGCUCUCGGGUAAUUCCAAAGUUGUAAAUGUAUUUGCUGUACAGAGGAAGUGUGUCAGUGCUCGCUUCUCCCAAGGGAAUGGAGGCACUGGUCCCUUUUGGAGGGCCAUCGGCUCUUCCCGGAAUGGCUGGCACCAGCCCGAGGGCUCAGCAGCUUCCUUUGUGCCCAGUGACACCCCUGCAGCGCGCAGCACAACGCUCCCGCAGUGCAGCCACCGGUGCCAUGCGCUGACAGACACAGCCACGAGGAGACCUGUGGGCCUCCUGCACACCGGACCUCCAGGAAAGGGAAAGGGCGGGAAGCAGUGGGCAGGGUGGCACACCUUGGUGCUUCAAGAGACACUUGACAUGAGCAAUUUUCUAGCUACAGAUCAAAGCAAUAGUCACACUGAUGUCAUCUCUAAUAUAGUAGACCUCAUCUGCCAUCCUUGCACAUCAUUGGAGUGGUCAAAGCACUGCUCCAAGGCCAGCCUCCAGUGGACUGCACUGUAUGUGAUGAAUGAAGCCAUUGUUUGCAGAUGCCUCUGAUGGUCAGUAACCCACGGACCCAAAGGAUCAUCUCCCUGGGCUGCCCAGCAUCCAGUGCAGGUUCCUGCCUUGGAGAAGCAGCAUUCCAGGCUGCAUGGAAUGUAUUUUUAAGAAAAUAAAUCUAUUUUUUUGUAUUUGCAGACAUAUAUUUGGGCUGGGGCAGCUUAGUUAGAAGACAAAUAAUGCAAGAAAUCUUUUCAUAAUCACAGACUCAUCCAAGUUAAGCAAAUUUUCCAGGGUUACAGUAUUGCCUAUUUCCCUAAACAGACUGUGUCCAAUAGCUCUAUCAGCACUGUUUCACCCUCUCACAACUCCCUGUCUCAGCAUGCUCAGAAGAGGGAAGCCAGCUCUUUCCUCCCCAGGCUGCCCAUGCAGUGGAUACAGAUGGUGCUCACCUCCUUCCAGUUACACAGUGCUCUUUGCAUGCCAAAUGUAAACACACACUUUAUCUGCAUGUCUCUCCUGACUCAAACACAGUCAGCUCUACAGUAUAUAACCAAUAAAACUCUUCUCUUUUUA